AGAAGACACCGGGUAGCCGGACACAGAAGCUGGACGCAUUUGGUUCGAUCCGGAAGCACUGUUCUGCAAUAUUCCUCUUCGUUACUUUUUUAAAAUCGUAUUGCGAAGUUUUGUUGCAUUCCAAAUUUUCACUUGCUUUUUUAAAUUACAAGUUAAACCAAAUCCUUGGUGAACAGCGAACAGAGAAGCGCAACUCAAUCGGUGAAUGAAGGUGGAUUCGGAACACCUGAAAAAAAUUAAUUAAUUAGCAACAUGAUUAAUAACCGCUUCACUUUCCUACUGCUGCUGGUUAUCACCUGUUGCAGUAGACCAGUCUCUUGCCGCAUCUAUCAAACAAUUGACGCCAUCAUCGUUGAAGCGGACGAAAUCGUCAACCGAACUGUGCGAUCGGCAGUCUACGACAGCAGCGAAGUCGAUUUGUCAGUUGACUUUAGUUACCCUACAUCCGACCAGCUGGCUUUACCCAGUCGGACGUCUUUGCUAUCAGAACGAGCCUGCAGAACUGUGGAUGGGAACUUGGGUACUUGUGGCUCCAUUCGGGAUUGCUAUCCUAGCAUCAGGCUGCCAGAGUCGAAAAACGCCGAGAAAUGGAUCAUCGACUCAAGUGGCAGUUGCAAUUACGCCAAAUCAAAUGGCAAAGAGUUUGUUGGGCUGUGUUGCUCAAGGCAGACUCUCAGGGCCAACACCACGACAACAAACACCACGACCAGCACCACCACGACUAACACCACCACGACUAACACCACGAUAAAUAUUCCAGUCAUUCCUGUGGUAGACAUUGAUCCUGCAACUGGUCUCCCCGUUUCAUCAUUUCCUUGGUGGCAAUUUUUUCCAUAUAAUCCACUUACCACGACCACAACACCGCGGCCUACGACAACGACGACCACUACUACGACACCAAAACCUACGACAACAACCGAUAUUUCGACACUUUGCGGUAACGAUGGAAUUCCCACUGUUCCCAUCGAUCCCCUUACGGGCCAACCGGACCCUAAUUUCCCUUGGUGGCUGUGCUUUCCUUACUGGCUGAAAACAACAACAACAUCAACAACGACAACCACCACAACUACAACCACUCCUCCUCCUACAACAACAACAACUCCAACCACAACCACUACGCCAACCACAACUACUACACCAACCACUACUACUACGCCAACCACUACUACUACACCAACCACUACUACUACACCAACCACAACUACUACACCGACCACAACCACUACACCGACUACAACUCCAACCACAACUACCACACCAACCACUACUACUACACCAACUACUACUACUACACCAACCACUACUACAACACCAACAACAACAACUGAACCAACCACAACCACUGAACAAACUACAACAACAGAACCAACCACGACAACAACCACAACUACUACACCACCAACUACUACUACUACACCAACCACAACCACUGAACCGACCACAACUACUGAACCGAUCACAACCACUGAACCACCAACAACAACUCCGGAACCAACUACCCAGUCUACUGAACUGCCAACAACCACUACUGAAGUCGCCACUACUGAAGCAAUAACUCCUACGGAAGCUGUUACUACAACCGUUCUACCCUCAACAACAACUGAGGCCCCCUCAACAACCACUAUGUCUCCAACAACAGCAGCUGGGGUCAUCCCAACAACCGCAGAAGCUACCACAACAACAACAACAACUGAGGCCACUACAACAAGCACCGAAGCCACCACAACAACCACUCUUCCUCCAACAACAACAACAUCCCCUACCAACACUACUCCGCGCACCCCGAAGCCAUCCAAUCCACUGCUCAGUGUAGAAGGCUGUGGUAUUGGACCUUACAAAUCGCUGUCCUUUGACGAACAGGAUCGUAUUAUCGGUGGGACAGACGCUAUCAAAAACUCUUGGCCGUUCGCUGUGGCCAUACUAAACAACGGGAAACAAUUUUGUGGCGGCUCCCUGAUCGAUACGAUUCACAUUUUAACGGCGGCUCAUUGUGUGGCUCAUUUGUCUUCGUGGGACAUCCCCCGAUUGGAAGUAGUCCUGGGAAUGCAUACCCUUAAGCCCCGUAUCGAUCCCCAGGCGAUACGGAAGAGAGUCUUGCGCGUGACCCGUCACAAAGGAUUCGAUUCCAAGACUUUGUAUAACGAUAUCGCAAUCAUCACAUUGGUCUCGCCGGUGGCGUACGGACCCACCAUCUCGCCCAUCUGCCUCCCAACGACGAGUUUCUACACAUCGUACGCAGGGAAAGAAGCCGUUGUUGUUGGAUGGGGAUCUCUAAAGGAGGGCGGCACACAGCCAAACGUUCUGCAGCAAGUCACUGUCCGAGUCAAGACCAACGCCGAGUGCAAAAAGAAUUACGGGAUAGAUGCACCGGGAGGCAUCGCAAAUCACAUGCUAUGCGCCGGCACCGCUGGCAAAGACGCCUGUAGUGGUGACAGCGGAGGUCCUCUAGUCAUCCAGUCAGCUCGCGGCGCUCCGUGGGUGCAGGCCGGCAUCGUCAGCUGGGGCAUCGGAUGUGGUCAAGCCCCUUACCCUGGAGUCUACACUCGAACCGCUUCCUUCAUGAACUGGAUCAGGACCAAUGCGCAGUUCGAAGACGAAGAGCGCCGCUCAGUUGUCGCAUUUUUCUAUUAAUUUCCACAGCCGAUGGCGGAUCAAUUUAUUUAUCGUUUUUUGACAAAUAAUCUUUAAGUAAUGGAUUUGUUUUUAGGGCACGGCCAAUUCCUACUAAUCACGUUUACAAGUUAAAAUACAAUUCUUUCAUGGGCUCAGAAGCAA